GUAGAUUUUUUGUUGUCUCUUCUGUGCUUUGUCGUACAAGUCGUGAAAAUUGUUAUAGCUGAAAUAUCUGCAUCAGUAAAUUUAUUGAGAGUUUUUUUGUGUAUUAUAAAAUGAAUACGUUAGGUCCAAAAAAGGACGGAAGUCCUAAUGUGGAGUUCUUUCAAUCUCCAGAAUCUCUACAAGGAUUCGAAACAAUCCGCCUAUGGUUACAGAAAAAUUGUAAAAAAUAUUUGGCAAAUAAUACCGAAACAAUUACAAGAGAAUCGUUGGCGCAGUUAUUAGUACAAUUUCUACAAUAUGUGGAGGCGAAAUUGGGUAAAAAUGCACAGGAGCCGCCGGCAACACGCAUUCCGAUGCGCUUAUUUAUGGAUUUUAAACCAGGUGGUGCGCUGUGCAUCAUAUUUAGCACAAUGUUUCGAUUUCGUGCUGAACAACGCGGCAAAAAAUUUGAUUUUUCUGUGGGUAAAAACCCACCGCGCAAAGAUCCAAACAUACAACUACUUAUUGAUAUCGAACAAGCACUCGUCGAGGCAAAUCUUUACCGCAUUCAUUACAUAUACAUACGACCGGAAGUAAACAAGGAAUUGGCUCAGAAGUUAAGAGAUAUAUUAAGUACUAGACGUGUAGAGAUCGUAACCGACGAAGAAGAAGCUACACACAUUAUAUACCCAGUUGUUGAUCCACAUCCUGACGAAUAUGCACGUCCCCUUUUCAAACGUGGUAAUCAUGUAAUGUUACAUUGGUAUUACUUCCCGGAAUCGUACGACUCAUGGGCUAUUAACUCAUUUGAUUUACCGGAAUAUGUACCGGAAAACCCGGAACAACCAGCAGAAUGCUGGCUGGUCUCAGCAUCUUGGAUUUUAGAUCUAGAGCAAUAUAACGAAUGGAUGACUGAAGAAGACUAUGAAGUAGAUGAAACGGGCAAAAAGAAAACGCACAAACAUCGUAUGUCGGUUGAUGAUAUAAUGUCGUUGGGUACAGAUGAGAAGAAACGAAUGUCGGGUGGUAGUGGUGCAACUACCAAGCAAAAACGGCGCCGUUCACCUUCUCCAAAUACAUCCAAGCCAGGCAAACGCAAACGCUCUCCUGCUGUACUACAUAAAAAAGCUCGCAAUGACGAGGAUGAUGAAGAUUUGACUCGCGAUAUGGAUGAUCCACCGGCAGAGCCAAAUGUGCAAGAGGUAGUGAAAUCAUCAACGCUACAAUCAACUGCUAGUCCAGCACCGGGAGGAAAAUCUCGAGCAGACAAUGAUAUGAUGCCGAUUAAAGGCGGAACCAUGACCGAUUUGGAUGACGAAAUGACGGGAGGUAGUGCAGUUCAAGCUCUAUCUACAGGCGAUGGUGAAAAUUCUCAAACUGGUAAAACUAGUGAUAAUAGCAAUACACAAGAGUUCUCUUCCUCUGCUAAAGAAGAUAUGGAGGACAACGUAACUGAGCAGACACACCACAUCAUUGUACCCUCAUACUCUGCAUGGUUUGAUUACAACUCAAUUCAUGUGAUUGAAAAGCGUGCCAUGUCGGAAUUUUUCAAUGGCAAAAAUAAAUCGAAAACCCCUGAAAUUUUUAUGGCCUAUCGUAAUUUUAUGAUUGACACCUACAGAUUAAAUCCUACCGAGUACUUAACCAGCACUGCCUGUCGCAGAAAUCUUGCUGGAGAUGUUUGCGCUAUUAUGCGUGUGCAUGCAUUCCUAGAGCAAUGGGGUCUCAUUAACUAUCAAAUAGACGCAGAGCUACGACCUACACCCAUGGGACCACCGCCAACUUCUCAUUUUCAUAUAUUAUCAGACACGCCUUCUGGUUUGCAAUCUUUGAAUCCACAAAAAACACAGCAGCCAUCAGCAGCUAAAGCUUUGCUUGAUUUGGAUAAGCCAAAAAUUAACAAAGAUGGUAAAGAAGUCUCAAUAGAAGGAGAUAAACCGGCGUUGUUGCCGGGUGGUAUAAAUAUUAAAACUGAAGUUUUAGAGAAUGGUACCAACACAGGCCAACAAUUCGGACUGAAACUUGAUCAAUAUGCAAAGAAGCCUGCGGCAAUGAAGAAUCGAACUGCAGCUAGUAUGACGCGUGAAUGGACAGAUCAAGAAACAUUGCUUUUACUCGAGGGCCUCGAAAUGCAUAAAGAUGACUGGAAUAAAGUUUGUGAACAUGUAGGAACGCGCACGCAAGAUGAGUGCAUACUACAUUUUCUUCGACUACCUAUUGAGGACCCUUAUUUGGAGGAUGAUGGAGGAUUUUUGGGUCCAUUAGGUUGUCAACCCAUACCAUUUAGUAAAUCUGGCAAUCCUAUUAUGUCUACAGUGGCGUUUUUAGCUUCAGUCGUUGAUCCUCGCGUAGCAGCAGCUGCUGCAAAGGCUGCCAUGGAAGAAUUCGCCGCCAUAAAGGACGAAGUACCCGCUACAAUAAUGGAUAAUCAUAUGAAAAACGUGGAGAAAGCGUCAGCUGGUGGGAAAUUCAAUCCAUCUUUCGGAUUAUCCAAUACCGGCAUUGCCGGCACCGGGGCCGAUAAAGAAGAUGAGGAUGCUCAUGCAGUAGGAACCGGGACUGCGACCAUGCCAGUUAACACAGGUGCGGUAGAUGAAGAAAUGAAGGAUGUUUCGAAAAAAGACGAAAAUAAAACACAAACAAAUGAGGCUAAUAAGACAGAGAAGCAAAAUAAUGAAACAGAAUCUGAAAAGAAACCAGAAAAUGAUUCCAGAAAUGGUACAGAAAGUAAAAUUGAAGACACUAAUGACACAGAUACAACAUCAAAGGAUCCUGAUAUCGUCAAGCAACAAAUAUUCAACGAAGCUAACGUUCAAACCGCUGCAGCCGCAGCAUUGGCUUCAGCAGCUGUAAAGGCCAAGCACUUAGCCGCCUUGGAAGAGCGUAAAAUUAAAUCUUUAGUCGCAUUACUUGUGGAAACGCAAAUGAAGAAAUUGGAAAUAAAAUUACGACAUUUUGAAGAGCUGGAAACAACGAUGGAGCGUGAACGUGAGGGAUUAGAGUAUCAGCGCCAACAGCUUAUAACCGAACGCCAACAAUUUCAUUUGGAACAAUUGAAAGCUGCAGAAUUUCGUGCACGCCAGCAAGCUCACCAUCGUCUUCAAUUAGAACAGCAAUGGCAGGGAACUACUGGCGCAAACGCCACAGGCAAUGGUACACUUCCUGGUAAUUCGAAUUCAACACUCGGUGGUGCCAGUAAUGCGCCACCUACACAAGGCCAUCCAAUAGUGAGUGGGGCUAGCAGCGUGACCGCCGGAGGAUCGCUAGCAACAAAUAUUAGUAGUGUUGGGUCUCAAAGCGCAACAGCUGCGGUUCAAGGUGGUAGCACACAAACAUCUAUUGGCAGCACCUCACAACCACCUACUGCUGUGCCGCUGACUUUACCUGCAGCUAUCGCGCCGUCUGCCCAACAACAAGCGCCAACUCCAAUGGAUACUACCACAAAUGCUGGUGUAAUUCCGACAUCUAACGUAGAGGGAGCUACAAUUACGGGCCAGACAAUUUUGUCACCGCCGAGCGGGUCAACAAGCGUGCCAUCUGCAAAUGCACAGCCGACAAAUAUACAACCAACUGGUCUGUCUCAAGCAGUACCACCAUCAUAAACUAUACAUAAUUUUUCCCAUGAAAUUCCGAUAACACUAUAUGAUCUACAUUAAGUUAUUGCUUACAAAUACUAUAUAACAUUAUGUUUUAAUCGUAAAUGAUUUUAUAUGUUCUUUAUGAUUUUUAUUUUUAAAUAAUAUUUGAUCAAGCAUGCAAUGUUUGCAUCUAGAAAUGAUGAACUACAACAUUUUGGUGUAAAAAACAUACGCACAAUGCUUUGAUAGGUAUACAUAUAAUCGCCCGGUAGCAGGUAAAUUUACUACUUAAAGGAGGGCUAAUAAUUGCAACUUCAUUGGAAUUUUGUGAAAACAAAUAGAAUCACAUAUAUAAUUAUCAUAAAAUUAUGAUAUCAAAUAAUCUCAAUAAAAGUCAUAUGAACAUCAAAAUUUUAAUUAAAA